CGACCCCAGGACAACAACCCCACCAUUGCUCGACAUCCACAACAAUUCGUGUGACUGGAGUCAACCUCUCUUCUCGGGCGACUGGAUUCUUCCUUUUCAGGCGACAACACCUCAGGUGCGCUACGGAUUCUCCAGGUAUGGACCUCUGCCCUCUCUCAUAUAUGUUCAUAGCUCACACCAUAUUAGAGCAAUCACUGGAGUCCAAAUUGCUUUCUUUCCCUUUUCUUUAUUUUUUUUCCUCUCAAAGUUCAAACUCCCAAUAAUUCUUCUCAACUUUCUUUCUUCUGAUUUCUGGGAUUGAAGAUUCAGAAUGACGAAUUGGGCCUUGAUGAACUAUUGCCAGCAUGAUCAAGUUGUCUUCUUGACCACUAUUGGAGUCUUCACCAUCGUUAUCCUCUUGCUCUGGAGAACAGUACUACUCACACCCUUUAAGCUCAUCACAGUGUUCUUGCAUGAAGCAAGUCAUGCUAUUUCUUGCAAACUCACAUGUGGUCAUGUGGAGGGAAUCCAAGUCCAUGUAAAUGAGGGUGGCGUCACACAAACGCGUGGUGGUGUAUACUGGUUGAUAUUACCUGCAGGAUAUCUUGGCUCAUCAUUCUGGGGAAUGACUUUGAUACUCGCAUCAACAAAUCUCCUCACUGUGAGAAUUGCUGCUGGUUGUUUAAUUGUUGCUCUAUUUGUGGUGCUCUGUAUUGCUAAAAAUUGGACACUCCGUGGACUUUGUAUCGGAUUCAUCAUUUUCCUUGCUUUAAUUUGGGUUCUGCAAGAAAUGACAACAGUCCGUAUUCUCCGUUACGUUAUUCUCUUUAUAGGUGUGAUGAACAGCUUGUUUUCAGUAUAUGGAAUUUUGGGACAGUAGCUGUAACAAGGUCAUUGAAUAUACAACUGAAGUAUCCUUC